CUGAGGGACUUAUUUUAUUGAUAAAUUGUUGCGCAGUUCAUUAGAAAAGUCCAUAAAAAAGAGUUUAGAUUUUGAAUUCAGUGCAAGCCGCAUAAAAUUAACACCCCAAAGCUUGUGGCACCUCUUGUCUGCGGGGGCGUGCAAUGUUAAAGAUUCACGUCAAAAUGGGUCCGCAACGUAGUCAUCAUCCCAGCAACAACAACAACAGCAAUGGCACCGCCACCAGCAGCAACGCCAAUCGGCACAAGGAGUUUACGUGCUGUUUUGGUCUGCAUGUCCAUACGGCUACCCUGAUGAUAGGAUUGUGGCAUUUGUUCCUCAACAUACUGGCUUUGAGCGUUCUGGCGGUCAUUUGGCGCAAUCCCGAGAUGAUGGACGAGUUGGAAAGUGGCAGCCACGACUAUACCGUUGAUCUCAAUGCACCGGCCUUGCCGACGCCGCUGAGCAAAGUUGACCCGCCCUAUGCGUACCGUGACCAUUCCCUCAACUAUCGUAAGCGUGAGCAGAACUUUGACAUGGGCGGCCUGGUAUGCACCUGCAUGAUAGCUAUUACGCUGAUGAUGAUCUAUGGAACCAUCAAGGGUAAACCGUCGCAUCUGUUGCCCUUCUUCUGUCUGCAGCUCUUUGACUUUGCCAUAACCACCCUCACCGCCGCUGGCUAUCUGUGCUACCUACAGGCCAUCCAUCGCAUCAUUGCCGAAUCUCACCGCUUGCCAUGGCGCGAGAAGCUGCUGGAGCUGCCGCCGGAGGAGCUCGUCGUGGUGGUUCUCGUCGUUUUCGUGUGCAUCGUAUUCCUGAAGGCCUACUGCAUUGGUAUCGUCUGGCGCUGCUACAAGUACUUGACUCUGCGUCAGCAACAUAUCCGGACCUUGUUCCCCUUCCUCGAGACUGGAUCCGGGGUCCAUGGUGUGGGCGGAACCUUUGGCGCUGAGGAGCGUGCCUACUCCACUCUGUUGCCCAACUAUGAUGAAGCGAUUGCCCAGUACUUGAAGCAGGCACCGCCGCCAUCCUAUCAGGUGGCCAUGUCCAACUACCAAGAGGAUCCGGCCGGAGAAGCUGGCGGUGCUGAAGCAAAUCCCGGUGUGGCCCCCCUGUUCGUGGCUCUGGGUGCAGCGGCCACUGCAAACGCCGCCUCCAAUAUGGAUGAUAACAUGGACAACAACAACGAAAUGCCGAACAACAACAACACGAUGCAUGUGAAUGCCAACACGCCUCCAAUGCGACGCAGCGAUGCCGCCCUUGGCCCCAUUUCCGAUGAUGAUGAUGAUCUGGAGGUGAUCGACGCAGGCUUGGAGGCGAUGGAAGGCAUUCCACCGCCGCCGGCCUACAACGAUGUGGCCGAUGCCGAAGUGCAGGUGCCAUCACCGUACCCGGUGGAUCGUCAGGUCAACAUGACACCUGGCCGCAAUGAGAGCCAGGCCUAAGUUGUGAUUUCUUUAAGUUUGUUUCUCACUGUGUAAUCGUGAUGUGCUUGCAGCACACGCUGCUCAUAUUACUCGCAUCCACAUCCACAUCGUCUUGCCCAGCCGCACAACUUUUUGGUUUUCAUUACUUGGCUCAUUCCGUUUCCUUCAUGAAUCAGGUGCACUCUUGCGCUUAAACAUAUAUGCUAUAUAAACCUCUAUCUAUACAUAUAUAUGUGUGUGUUGAAAAGUGUUUUUAGCAAAUCCAAAAAUUUAAAGUAAUUUCCUCUUUUAAACCGUCGCUGAGUGCGCAUAUAUGUAUGCUAUAUCUAUAUGUAUAUGGUUGCUUCUCUUCAAAUGUCCCAGGAAACCCAAAAGAAAACAAAAAACAAUUAUUUCGUUGUGGCCCAGAAAAGCUUCAAUUCCUUUUCGGCCACAUACGAUAUUCGAAAUUAGAUGAAACAACAACCUGUUAAAAACGUUUUCAUUCCGUUAACCAUGAGAACUUCAAUUAGAUUAAGCCCAAGUAGCUCGUUACCAGAUUAAUUCGAUUGGCGCCCGCAGCCCACAGCCCGAAAGCUCUGUCUAUGGACACGGAUUUGGAUGUUGUAUGUGUUAAGCUAUCUCGUAAGACUCAAUGCAUAUUCUAUAUAUAUACUCUAUACUUGAUACGGAACACAUGGCGUACAUACCCCCAUCAGUUACGAUGCUAUAUAUCACCCGGAUUUUACUAUUGUGUAUCAAUUAACAGCAAACGAAUCGUUUUAUGUGUGUACGAUAUCUAUAUGUAUACUGUAUACUAAAUAUGCAAAGAUAUUCGAAUAAAUAUUAGUUUGUAUUCAAUUCAAAAUGUAA